AUGCCUCAUUCUACCGCCGGAACCAAUGGAGCUGCUGAUGGGUUUCGGGUUGAGGAGCAUUGGCAUUCCUACCCUGGACACCUGCGUGUCGUCUGUGUUGGAGCAGGGGCCGCGGGCUUACUAGUCGCCUACAAAAUGAAGAAACUCUUCUCCAAGUAUGACCUGGUGGUCUACGACAAGAACCCUAGCUUGGCUGGUACUUGGUACGAAAAUCGGUAUCCUGGAUGCGCGUGUGACGUACCCGCACACGCUUAUACUUUUACUUUCGAGCCAAACCCUGACUGGUCUGCAUUCUAUGCGGGUUCAGGGGAGAUCAAGAAAUACUUUGAGUCUUUUGCAGACAAGUAUGAUCUGAAGCCUUGGAUCAAACUCAACACGAAAGUCCUGAGUGCGACUUGGAUCGAGAGCGAGGGUAUUUACAAGGUCGAGCUCGAGACUGAAGGUCGCAAAUUUGAAGAUUGGUGUCACGUCCUCAUCAAUGGGACUGGGUUUCUCAAUUCCUGGAAAUGGCCCCAGAUAGCGGGCCUACACGACUUUCAAGGCCAGCUCCUGCACAGCGCCAACUGGGACCCGAGCGUCAGCUGGGAAGGCAAGAAUGUGGCCGUAAUUGGCACGGGCUCUUCAGCAAUCCAGAUGGUGCCGCAAAUUCAAAAGACGGCGAAGCAUCUGACGUCGUUCAUGCGAUCGGUUACGUGGAUAUCCCCCCCAGUGGGUGCGGCGGCGCUCGAGCAGGAGAAGACCAAGAGCGUCAAGAACGCCUCGGGCGAGCCCGUCAAGGAGGCUGAACCGGCCGCCCAAUACUACUACACCGAGGAGGAAAAGCAGCGCUUCAAAGACGACCCCGAAUACCACCUUCUGUACCGUCGAAAGCUCGAGUCAUCGGUGAACAACCUUUUUGACAUGUUUAUCGCCGAUUCCGAAAUUUCAAAACAAGCACAGCAGCAAAUGCGCUCCGAGAUGGAACGGCGUCUGGGUCCCGGCCACGAAGAGUUGAAAAGCCGUCUCAUUCCGUCCUGGCCGCCGGGAUGUCGUCGUAUAACGCCUGGCGAUGGCUAUCUCGAGGCCCUUGUCCAGCCAAACGUAACGCCCGUUCAUGAAGAGAUUGAGAAGGUUGUGCCCGAGGGCCUGGUCGAUAGCUCGGGCAAGCUACACAAGGUUGACAUCAUCGCCUGUGCCACUGGAUUUAAUCUGGCUUUUGCGCCCCCGUUCGAGCUCCGUGGUGUCAAUGGCGUGACCAUGCGCGACGAAUUCGACCCGGAGCCACAAGUCUACCUUGCCAUGACGGUGCCCAAAUUCCCCAACUACUUUGUCGUCAACGGAGUCAGAGGGAAUUGGGCAGCUGGGACAGCGUUACCCUCUCACGAAGUCUGCGUCGAAUAUAUUCUCAAAUGUGCAGCCAAGAUCCAGACGGAGAACAUUCGAGCCCUCGAGGUGAAGCAGGAGCCUGUCGACCAGCUGUAUGAAUACAUUGACGAGUGGCACAAACGGUCAGUCUGGAACCGGGACUGCAAGAGCUGGUACAAGAACAAUAUCUCAGGCGGCAAAUUGUGGAUUUGGGGCGGUUCGGCAAUGCACUUCAUGAAGACCAUCAAAGAGGUCAAGUGGGAGCACUACGACCACCGAUAUCGCAAAAGCAAUAUGUGGUCAUAUUUGGGCAACGGGCGCGUCAAGGCCGAAGUUUUGAAGGAGGUAGAUAAACUAGCGCCGUAUAUGAGGAACGCUGAUGUGCCAUGGGAGAUAGAAUAG